AUGGACGGCGCACAGCCAGUCAAUUUGGUGCCGUCCGUUUCAAUGGAAUCGCUGACAUCGCAAGAUUCGGCUAAUAGUUUAUCACAGGUGAGAAGCCUUUCUUUUGCUCCUUUAGAAAAUCUUUCGUCUUGCAGGUUCGCACGCUUUUCGUUUCCGGUCUACCGAUGGACGCAAAACCGCGCGAGCUCUAUCUUUUAUUCCGCGGUUGUCGUGGUUACGAGAACUCUUUGUUGAAAAUGACGGCGAAGAAUGGAAAACAGACGUCGCCGGUUGGAUUUGUCGUAUUUCUCACACAACAGGAUGCGCAAGACGCCCGGAAACAAUUGCAAGGCGUUCGAUUCGACCCCGAUUGCGCGCAAGUUCUUCGCCUCGAACUCGCCAAAUCGAACACGAAAGUGGCGCGGCCAAAACAAUCGCCACCGCCAGCGUUGCAAACCGGCGGUGUUCCGCAAUUCCUGGCGCCAAUUCAACCGGAUUUGGCGGGAAUGAUUGAUCCGACGGCGCUACUCAAUGAACAUCAGUUGCUGGCGCUGAGUUUUCCGCAUUUACAAGCGGCGCAAGCGUUGCAAGCGUAUAUGCCGACGGCGGCUCUACAUCAACAAUUGCAUCAACCUGCGUUGUAUGCACAGCUACAAGGUAAGAUUAUUCUUGGUUAAGUGAUUCAGGAAAUGAAAAAAACGUUUUUUUUUUCUGUUAAAAAUUCUGUUAAAAAUAUGCUUGGAAGCAUUUUUGAGAAAACAAAUUAUACAGAAUAUUAUUUUGAUUAGAGACAAUGGAAAAUUGAUAGAGCGCAGAGAACACAAUUAAAUUUUCCGGCGAAAUUACAAAAUAACUGAUUGUGUCCUAACGGAGCGAGUGUAAACCGCAAGCUUCCGCGUAAGCGGCACUAUCUACCGCUUCAGCGGCCACGUGGAUAACUAUGACGUGGCAAAAACGUGGUUUACAGUUUUUUUUAGUUUUUGCCACAUCAUAGUCACGUGGCCGCUGAAGCGGUAGAUAGUGCCGCUUACGCGGAAGCUUGCGGUUUACACUCGCUCCGCUCGAAGGUUAGGACACAAUCAGUUAUUUUGUAAUUCCGCUCGAAAAUUUAAUUUUUUUCUCUACGCUCUCUCAUUUUUCCAUUGUCUCUAAUGGAAAAAUUGAUGCAGUAAUUCACGAAAUUAAAAAAAAACCGUUUUUUAACGUUAAAAAACCACAAAAAGUGAUUUACGAACGGUAUUUUUAUUCAUUUUUUCACCAUUUUCUUAACACAUUGAAUAAAGUAAAGCUAAAACGCAUUUUAGUGUCCAGAAUUACUAUUUUAACGUAAGUUACAAAACUGAAAUUUUGAGAGGAAAAAACAAGGAAUUUCUAGAUUUUGAAUAUGAAUUUUGAAAUUUUCUUGAUUUUUGUAAAUUUUUAUUUGAUUAAAAUAUUUUUAAAGUAAAAAAAAACAUUUUCAGACAGAAUUCAAUUAUGUGAAUCAAAAUAUAUUUUGCGGGUUUUCAAUUGAAAAAUUCAUGAAACGUAUUUUCUCCGGAAUUUUUUCAAAUGUAAAUUCAGUCACAAAUUCGAUCUUUUCAUCACUAAAAAAUUUUCGAUUGAAUUUUCAGAUAGAAAUUUCUUUUUUUUUUUCGGACCUUUUUAGGCCUUUCGAGAAAAAAUCCCCUGGGGCUUUUACUAUUCAAAGAGGGCCCGAUCUUUUGAGCAAAUAAAAUUUUGUCGUCUUACCCCCCUUUAAGACCUUCUAAUCAACCUAAAAGACAAAUCAAGCCUUCAAAAUCAAAUUGUUGAUUUUUCGGGAGAUGUGAGGCUUGAUUUGUCUUUUAGGCUGAUUAGAAGCUCUUUAAAUAGCAUUUCUGAACACUAAAAUGCGUUUUAGCUUCACUUUAUUCAAUGUGUUGAGAAAAUGGUAAAAAAUGAAUAAAAAUACCGUUUUUUAACGUUAAAAAACGUUUUUUAUUUCGUGAAUCAGUAGGGGUAUCCAGAAUUUUUCGUUUCGCAAUGAAUGUUAUUAGAAAUUUCUUCCCUCACAGCAAAAUCAGCACCCUUUCCUUUCCUUCCUGAUCUCCGACAAAAAUCACAACACUUGCAGCAAACGCUGGCGCUGCACAAUAUGCAGCAGCAGUUGCAGCGGCCGCCGCCGCUCAACAACAAUCACACCAACACCACCAACACAAUCACCUUCAGCAGCAGCAGCAACCUCAGCCGCCACUUCCACCAACACAACAGCAAAAUGGCGUAUCAUCGCCAGCGCCGACGUCAGCUGGAGCAGCAACUCCGGGAGCGACUCCCGCAGCAGCAGCAGCAGCAGCAUGUUCCACACUUUUCGUCGCCAAUUUGGCGGCUGAUAUCAAUGAGGAACAGUUGCGCGGAGUGUUCAAGGCUUUUGCCGGUUUCACACGUCUUCGUCUUCACAACAAAAAUGGGAGUUGUGUGGCGUUUGUCGAGUAUUCGGAUUUGCAAAAAGCGACGCAUGCCAUGAUUUCGUUGCAAGGAUUUCAGGUAGAUAGCAUGGUUUUUUCACGUUUUCUCCUGGAACUGUCCCACAAAUCUCUGACAUUUUCAGGUUUUUUAAGCAUAUUCAUAUGAUAGAAUGGUUUAAGACGAACAGAAUGAUAUAAAUUUUGAUAACUUAACCUUAUCCAUAAGUGAUUUAGCGAUAUUUAGUCGAUAAGGUCGCUAAAUCACUUAUGGCUAAGGUAAACUCAUCAAAAUUUAUAUCAUUCUGUUCGUCUUAGAGCAUUAUACCCUAUGAAUACGAUUAAAAUCCAAUAUUUCAACUCAUUUGCUUAAAAAACCUGAAAAUGUCGUUUAGUCGAACGCCGUUUACGCGAAAUACGCGACAUCUACCGCUUCAGCGGCCACGUGGAUAAUUAUGACGUGGCAAAAACUGAAAAAAACAACUGUAAACCAAGUUUUUGCCACGUCAUAGUUAUCCACGUGGCCGCUGAAGCGGUAGAUAGUGCCGCUUACGCGGAAGCUUGCGGUUUACACUCGCUCCGCUCGGAAAUUUAAUUGUGUUCUCUGCGCUCUCUCAAUUUUCCAUUGUCUCUAAUUGAAAAAUUGAUGCAGAAAUUCACGAAAUUUAAAAAAAAAAGGGAACCCUAGUUUCUAAAAAACAUUGUUCUGUACAAUCUUCGCCCAAUUUUCCGCCCUAUUACACUCUUUAAGAAAAAAACCCGAUUUUCAGAUUGCUUCAACCGACCGCGGAGGCCUGCGCAUUGAAUACGCUCGCAAUAAAAUGGCGGAUGUCAACGGAUAA